UACCAUUGACAUCAUUUCAAAACUCCGAAUUGUCCGGUUUGAACUCUUCUCAGUUUACCUUGGUCGUGGACCUGUUUGGAAGGCACACGCAUAAUGGAUUUACUCUGAAAACCGGUCGGAAGGAUUGCUGUCUCCACCUUUCUCCGCCGUCUACAUUGCGCUAUAGGGUGAACUUUACGAGGACUCCAUAAAAGUUUGAAAUGAUUCAGAGACAAGAAGUCGUGCGCUCUGUCCUUGCAGAACUGCAGGACGCCACGGAGUGUGUGGGUCUGGGGCCACUUGUCCGAGUGGCUCUGGAAGUGGAGCAGGCUUUAGCCUCUUUCAGCCUCCCUGGGUCCAUCUGCAAUGAGUUCCCAGCCAAGGUGGACAUUGACCAGGCAGCACACUGCCUCUACCCGGAAGAUGCACCAGGUGACAUGCUCCCUGUAGCCUGCAAAGGGGAGGGGAACCUCCUGUUUGAUGCUGCCAGCAUGCUGCUUGUGGGGAGUGCCGAUCUCAGCCUUGAGCUCCAGGUCAGGACAGUUGUGGAGAUGCUGCUCUGGAAGAGGUACUACCUGAAUGGGAUGAUCGACUCCAAAGUGAUGCUACAGGCAGCCCGAUUUUCCCUCUGCACCGAGGAGUCAGCGGAGAUGCUCAGUCUGCCCAUGGCUGUGCUGGAGGCCAUUUUUGAUGCAGAUGUCAAAGCCUCCUGUUUCCCGGGCUCCUAUGCCAAUAUGUGGCAUGUCUAUGCUCUGGCCUCGGUUCUACAGUGCAAUAUCUACUCCAUCUAUCCCAUGUACAACCUGAAGAUCCGGCCAUACUUCAACCGUGUAAUCCGGCCCAGGACCUGGCCACGUGACUCUGAGUCCAUAACCCUUCAUAUCAUGUGGUCAGGGGAGCUAGAGUCUAUGACUGUCUUCAAGCCCCACCAUUUUGUGGCCUUAAUCCCAGCCUGUGACAUUCAAAUGGGAAGCUUCAAGGGUGAGCAGCAAGUUCUUCCACUAAAAACCCUUGAACUGUUGAAUCAGGAUCCUCAGCUUUCUUACUCCAGUCUUAGAGACAGGUACAACAUUACAAAGAGCACCUUCUACAGAUGGAAAAGGCAGACCCAGGAGCACCGGAAGAAAGCUGCUGCCAGGUAUGAGGCCAAACACUUCCUACAGGCCUGCUAUAACGAGGGAAAACUCAUACCCCUUCAUCAGUUCAAGGAAUUCUUCCCUGAAAUUUCUCGCUCCACGUAUUAUGCCUGGAAGCACGAGCUGCAGUCCUCUGGUGGCAACUUCACAGUGAUGUCAAAUGGAGAUGAAACUGCAUCCAGAGAGAGCUUUGAGCAGGAUUCUUGGUCGUCCCCUGAGAGUGAUCUCCAACGUCACUAUGACAGUGUUGCCAACUUCCUCGUGCCCAGUAAUGAUAAACUGGGGGUGGACCGAGCCCAGAAUUUUGCUUUCAUGCAAGAAGCGAAGAAAUGUUUGCAGAGCUGCAUAGCUGUGAACACGUCCUUCCCAUACAGGAAUUUCAAGAAAAGAUUUCCUGGCAUCUCAAGGUCAACUUACUAUAACUGGAGGAGAGAGGCUAUGUUGGCUAAUCCAGGGUAUAAAGAUUCUUUUGGGAGCAGUGAAGACAGCUCAGAUGUGGACAAGAUUCCGAGCCCCAGUGGAGAAUCCUGCCCUGUUCAGCUAGAGGUUCGCUGGCCAGUCCCCAGGAUAAAUGUUCAUAGGCGCAAACACAAGAGCUUCCAACUCUCUUUCCUUCAUAAGAUGAAACUGAGGGAUCAAGCCAAGAGGCUGGUUCAAAAGUCCAAAAUCUCCCUCUCAAAAUUCAAACUCAAGUACCCCUCCAUCUCUUCCUAUUCCUAUUGGUUUUGGAAGAAGGGCUUCAGUCAAAAGAAGGAGAACAAAAGUACGGUAGAUGUUAAAGCAGAAUGGUCAAAGGCAUCAGAAAGUCCAGAGGAGCACACUGCGGGAAGCCAGAGUCAGAGUGUGCUUCCUUUUCAGAGGAAUGUGAAUCUUUUGAACAAUCAGACCCUGAAUCCUUAUGACAUCACCCUCUCUGGGUAUGCUGUCCCUGAGAAGCACAUGCAUGAGCAAGUGUUUGUCAUGGAUGUGGUAGCCUUAGCCAAUUUCAAAGCUAAAGCAAAAUUAUUCCUCCAGCAGCGUUUUGAAGAAAAGUCCUUCCCCACCUUCAAAGAGUUCCGGUCUUACUUCCCACUUACCCCACGUUCUACCUAUUACAUGUGGAAAAGGGCUUUGCAUCAUGGACUACCAUUAGUUCAUGGCUGAAUUAUCCCUGGUUAGUAAUUAUAACUGCUUUUGCAGUGCAAUAAAAGUUAGCCAUUUUCAAAUGGCCUUUGCGUCUACAAAUUUUUACUUCAAGUUAGGAUCAGAAAACAAGUUGAGCUUUUCAGUGGAAGACAAUGAUAUAGUAUGAUCUUUUUUCAGCUAUCCAGGUGAAGCUUAAAAUCAAAAUUGCAACUAUUGCAUCUUAGGCAUGUACCCUUCACCUCCUCUUUAGCCUUGCUUUUAUUGUUUGGACAUUUGCAUGCAUUUGAAUCAAGACCAUAAGUACCCUGCUUCCACAGAAGCGAUCCAAAUUCUCUCCAGGCAAAAGAUCGUUUGAAAUCGAAAGAGAAUGACUGUUGCGCAUCUAGCUUCUCUUUUUCUGUAAACGAAUCCAAUUUUUUUCUUUUCAGAGUAGUACGUCAAAUGUUUUUUUUUCCCCCCUGAACUCCCCCUGAAUAGGUUUUCUAGUUCGCCAUUCUGCUUGUUUAUUUCAGUAAAAUGCGGCUCUUCAGUCGUAGGUAACUACUCAAAUCUGAACUGAAAUGUGUUGAAGGGUCCUUCUCGUAUAUACAUAAGACUAGAGUACGUAUAUGCUUUACUGCAAAUUAACAUGUCUUAAAAUAUCUUGGAAGAUUUUCAGCUUAAUUUCCUGCAACAGUAGGUUUAUCAAAAUGAAGUUAUAAAAAGUAUACAUUUAAAGCUAUUAGAAUUUCCAUAUUAGAAUUGUACUGCAAGCAGACACUUGGCCCUUUAGUGCUUCUUUCUUUGAGUACAAAGGGUUAAUAGAUUUCAAGCAGCACAUUCAUGUUCAAGGUGAGUUUGCACAAGUGAUAUUAAUAGAAAGUCAGUUGUAAAAUCCUGCAUUUGCACUAUCACAAAAGUUCCUUUGGUUGCAUGCUGAUGUAUCAGAGUUUGUGGUUACAUUUUUGCAUGUACAUUUGUGGCUCAUGAAGAAACUCACAUCACGAGGAGGUCAUAAUUUUGUGCUUAUUUGAGAAAUGAUUGUUUACAACUUCUUUAUAUUUUCAAAGUGAUCUUUUUAAGCAACAUUUGAAUUAUAUUGACUGUUCAGUGUUAAAUUAAUAUUGAGAACCUUACAAUAUAUCCUAGACUUCUUUCUCCUGUUGCAGUUUUUACUUUAUUUUUUACUAUUGUGAUAUUAAUUUGAUUAUUUAUCUUGCCUGGCACCUUGAUGAAGAGUUUUUGCUAUGUUGCAUUCAGCUGAGUCUAAAACAAAGUUAUCUAUGGUCUUUUGAGGUCAUAUUUUAUUUGUUGUAAAUCUAUCUUUUCAUUUUGGUUGUUGAUCAACUUUAGUUGCUUGCAUCCUCCCCAGUAUAGUAACUGAUGAGUUUCUUUGCUUCAGAAAUUUGGUUAAUGUUUGUAGCCCUGUUAUUCUAUCACCCCUUAACAAUGUUUUUGCUUUUGAAUUGUGUUUGUCAGCUUGUAUAUAAUUUAUUUUUUUCAAUCAGGGUUUGUGGAUGACAGAAUAGAGCAGAGUACAUGUAUUCAGUUAAAUGGGGAAAUGAUUCUCAGUGCAAAGCAGGAAAUCAAUAAACCAUCUGCUCAAA